AUGUCAAAUGUUGUUGUACGGACAAAUGAAUUUUCAACUAUAUGGCCUCUAUUGCUAGAUUAUAAUCAACGCGAAUGUUUACAGAUUUUACGGCGUCUUGAAUUAGAGGCCUAUAGUAAAAUUGUAGCAGUAUUACGAGCACAAGGACCAUUGACAGAAGAAAAGAAAAAGCUAUUGCAUAAAUUACAACGUCUUUUGAGUAUUUCAAUUGAUCGGCAUAAAGCUGAAGUUCGUAAAGCUUUAAAUGAUGAAGAGCUUGCAACUAUAUCAGAAGCUGUAUGCGGUAAAGAAGUUGAUGAAGAAUGGAUCUUAGAGGGUAAACGUAUUUCACCAAUUUUUCAACGUCCAAGUCCUGAGACUAUUUUUAUAUCACAAGCUAAUAAAGCUUCUUUUGAACAGUUGAUUCGUAAUUCUCGACUACCAUGUCCAGCGGAAACAGCAACAUUUUCUGAAACUUUCAUAAAAUUAGCAAAAUUGAAUGAUGAUAUAGUUGAUGUUAAACAACCAUCAGUUGAACAGAAAUGUCCUCCAAUAGUAGUGACAAAUGAUAAAGUAUGUGAUGAAUCGAAGACAGACAUUCACACUGUUAAAGAAUCAAUUCACUUUUCACAAAACAAAAAUGAAAGUAAUAUUAAAUUAGAUCAUUCGAAUAAAUUAACAGAAAAAUGUUCUCCAGUGAAAACUCAAAAUAAUCCGCUUGUUAAAUCACUACUUGAACCCAAAACUGCUUCUAUUCAGUCAUCAUCGAUAAAAGAUAACAAUUAUGUCGUGGAUAAAAAUUCCUUGGAUGUUAUGUUACCGCAAAAAAUGGAGAUUAGUUCAUCACUUCAAAUGGAUAUUCAACAAGAAAACCCUGCCCUAUCCACUUCCUUUUCUUCUUCUCCGUCAUCUUCAUACACUGAAGUUAUAUGUGCAAAAAAUCAAGUUUUAUCCAAUCAACUAACAUCAUUGCCGAUAGUUACACGUGAAUCUUCAUCUUCUGAAAAUAGUUGUCUAUUGAAAUCGGAAAAUACUUCACUUGUCAAUUGUAUUAGUGAUACUAUAUUGAAUAGACCUAGUAAAGUUCAUGAAUCUGUUUCGUUGAAUGAGAUAAAUACGUCAACUUCAGUUGAUGGUCAAUUUACAACACUAGCUACAACAACAGCUAAUGUUGUUACCUAUGCGAUUUCAGAAUCUCGCACUAUUCAACCAGUUUCUAGUCAAGUCAAUCGAAUUCCUAUUACAACUACUAUAACCAGUGGCAAAGUAUUGAAUUCAUCUAAUUAUCCAACUGUACAUGGCGUGAAUCUGUCAUCAUUGCCAUUAUCAUCUUCAGCUCAUACAUCUCAACAUUUGGUCGUACAAAUGCAUCGAAAUCCUGACGAUUUAUUGGAUUCUGACCAACAAGUAUUAACAACGACUCAACGGUGUUCUCUAAUCAAUCCUACUAAUUCAGUUUAUGUCUGUGAGCAUUCAACACCCACAGUGACGCGUUUAUGUUCCUCUUCUUCUCCUAGUCAUACUAAUAAUUUUAUAACUAGUAGUAAUAAACUAUAUCAACCUAUCAGCAGAUCGAAUUUAGAUAAUGUGAUCGGAAUAAAACGCCACCACCACCAACAACAACCUCGUACAUUGUCAUCCAUAACUCCUAGUGUUCUAAGCAUUCAAAGCCUUCAUAAUAGCACUACAUCAUCUCAACGUUUUCGUGCUCCACAAUCACAGCCAUCAGUUAUUUCUACAAAUGAAACACCGAGACAAUUGUCAUCUAUUACACAAAUUCAAAAUCCUAAAAUCUUAAAAGCUACCUUACCUGUUUGUAGUAAUGUUGUUGGAUCAACAACUUAUGCAUCAAAUAUGUUUUGUAGUUCAGUGAUAAAUAUUACAGCAGAUAAUUUGCCGAUCAACAGUAAUAUUGAUCAGUUAAAUCGUACUUCAUUACUUCCACAAAAUACAUUUAUCCCAUCUAGUUCAGUCGUACAAUUUCCAUCGUCAAUUUCCGGGAACAAUGUUAUUGUCUUGCAUAAAGGUGUUGCACGUAAAACAUUCACACCUACUCCGUCUAUACGAAUUGGAUCAACUGUACCGGUCAAUAAUAAUACGCAAGCAGUUGUAUCUGGUAGUUAUUCAAACGCUUCCGUUGCAUUCCCAAGUCGCCAGUUUCGAAUUAUUGGUUUAUCAAAUACACCUGUAUGCUCUAAUUCUAGUACCGUCGAAACUUCAAUUUACAAUUCGGAACCUAGUCAAGUAAUUCGCAAUAUCAAUGAAUUAGUAUCAAUUCAAAAUACUCCCACAAUGAUGACGACAACAAAUGUUAUUUCUACAUCAUCAGCUAAUCAUUUACUGCAUCAUACUUCACGUUUAGGAUCAAUUCUAGAAGUUGAUCUUGACUCGGAUAAUUAUAAUGAUCAAGCCAAUUAUUAUACUGAUUAUCAUAACGCCACUAUACAUAGUAAUAAAUCGACUUCUCAUUGUUCUACUAUUGUUACAAUUCCACAAGCGUCUUUAUCAAUAGACGUAUCGAAGUUAACACCUAUUCAUCAUAACAAACCAACAGUGUUAACCGAUGAAUCGUCUGUUGUCAAUUUACUCCGUACUACAACUAGUACUACUGAUAGUAUUCAUGAUUUACACAAUACUUCUUCUGGGUUAUAUACUAUAAUCAAUGAACAAUCAUUAAAUAAUAAUCAAUUGCCGAUAUAUUCUGAGGGUGGUAAUGUUAUAUAUCAACGAGAACAAUUGAAAACAGCGGGAGCAGCUGCUAUGUCCACCGCUACAAUUGAUUCAUCACAGAAGUGUAUUGAAUUAACCUCUUGGAAUAAUAAUACCCUUGGUAGCAGUUGUUUUAGUGCUACUACUACUACUACUAGCAGUGGUAGUAAAACCAUUGGUCGUCUCCAGGGUAAUCCUACCUCUUCGAAUGUUGUACUAUUCAAUAAUCCACCAAACGCUAAACGUCCGCGUUUUGAAUUAUCAUCAUCAACAUCAUCCACAGCGUCAAUUGAAAGUUCACACUGA